ACCAAUUUCUUUUCUGUCAAGCUUCCUGCGAUUCCUUCGGAUAUUCGACUGUGAAGGACACGAUAAAUCAUCAAUCAGUACCACCACUAGCUCUAUCAGGCUCGGAACUGAACGGGCGCCAGCAGUUCCAACCUUGAUUGCCUCGCUCAGCUGUCCGAUUGGGCUGGAUCGGCUGAAUUCGUGAGGAGGGAGAGAUACCCCUCACAUAUCAUAUUAUCAGAGGAGUGUAUUGGCUAGCCGCGCAACGUCAGAAUUUUUUAUAAAUCACCAUGGAACGAAUCGUUCGACCGCUAUCUCGACAAUUGACCAGACAACGACUGCGAUAUCCCUUUUCCGUGCCUUCAUCUCCUGUGAUUCUGAGAUUAUACAGUAUGGGUCACACAAUUCCUCCUUUGAAAGAUAAAUCGCUUUUCAUCGAAAAGGCAUAUGUCAACGGCGAGUGGGUUGGUGCCGAGUCGGGAAAGACCUUUAACGUUCAUGAUCCAUCCGAUGGCAAACUGAUCGGUACUUGCCCUGAAUUCACUGUUUCCGACACAGAAAAAGCUAUUCAAGCUGCUACAGCCGCGUUCCCCAGCUUCCGCAAGACUCUAGCUCGAGAGCGUGCCCGCAUGUUGCGAAGAUGGUAUCAAUUAAUGGUUGAUAACGCCGAUGACCUGGCAACACUGGUUACGUGGGAAAAUGGCAAGCCCCUUGCUGAUGCAAAGGGUGAGGUCAUGUACGCAGCAAGCUUCUUCGAGUGGUUCAGUGAGGAAGCUCCUCGUAUAUACGGUGAUACUAUUCCAUCGUCCGUUCCCGGAAAUCGGAUAAUUACGCUGAGAGAACCUGUUGGUGUUUGUGGCCUCAUUACUCCAUGGAAUUUCCCUGCGGCUAUGAUUACCCGUAAAAUUGGACCUGCUUUGGCCGCUGGUUGUACUGUCGUGGCCAAGUCUCCCGGUGAGACUCCAUUUACUGCUAAUGCUCUCGCUGAGCUCGCCCACCGCGCCGGCAUUCCCAAGGGUGUGGUGAAUAUUGUAACAGCAGAUAAGAAUGUCGCUGAGGUCGGAGAAAUCCUCACCACGCACCCCGACAUCCGCAAGGUAUCUUUUACUGGAUCCACGAACGUCGGUAAACUACUCAUGAAGCAAGCGUCUUCGACUGUUAAGAAGGUUUCUUGGGAGCUCGGUGGCAAUGCGCCUUUCAUCGUUUUUGACGACACCAAAGAUAUUGAUGCGGCCGUUGCAGGAGCUAUCGCAUCCAAGUUCCGCAGUUCAGGUCAGACCUGUGUCUGCGCCAACCGCAUUUACGUACAGAAGAACAUUUAUGAUGAGUUCGUUGCAAAGUUCACCGAAAAGGUGAAAGGCUUCAAGCUUGGUCCUGGAUUUGAGGACGGAAUCACACAUGGACCUGUUAUUCACUCUCGCGCAAUCGACAAGGUUGAGCAACACGUCCGUGAUGCAGAGUCCAAGGGUGCCAGAGUCACCGUAGGUGGAAAGCGGGCAACAGAGCUUGGUGACAAUUUCUAUCACCCUACUGUCUUAGCAUAUAUGACCAAGGACAUGCAGCUUGCUUCAGAGGAGACAUUUGGUCCUGUUGCAGGUCUCUUCCCUUUUGAGACUGAAGAGGAAGUCAUCAAACUUGCAAACAAGGCAGAAGUUGGACUGGCAGGCUAUUUCUUCUCUAGUGACGUGAAGCGUUGCUUCCGAGUAGCCGAAGCAUUGGAGGUUGGUAUGGUUGGUAUUAACACUGGACUUAUCAGCGACGUUGCCUCCCCGUAAGUUUAUUUUUUGCUGGCCCCUUGAUUAGAUCAAAGUUGCUAAUGCUUUAUAGAUUCGGCGGAGUUAAGCAGAGUGGAUUCGGCCGUGAGGGCAGCAAGUACGGCAUUGAGGAGUUUAUUGUCACGAAAUCCGUCACCUUUGGAGGGAUCACCGAGCCAGGAUUGUAAUUGAUGACUUUUGAAUUCUAUCGAGCAUUAUGAGAAAAAGAUGGGCCAUUAGCACUAAUGUUAUAUAUCGUGAAAUGGAUAAUGAUAGGGAAAAUGCAGAAAAACUUGUGGGACUUGGGAAUUGCUCUUCAGGGUGGGCUGUUCCAUCAAAUUUUGCGAUGAGCAAUUUAAGAGGCAUUGAAUUUCUAGGUAGUAACUAGAGACAAAUUUGUAUUUAGCAAUUUUUAAGAACGGAUAAGGGUUGUCUUAUCUUAUCGGACAUCGUGGGGACCUCUUGACGUGUCUUUCAUGU